UCAUGGCUGAUUUGGUGGUUCCUGAUACGCUUUCUUAUGGUACUGUGAGGACGGCAGGCCGAUCGGCGACUGGUCUAUUCAAGGCCAAUCAUGAGAUGCUGGGAUGGCGGAAUCGGCACACGGGUCAGACCACACAGCUGAACAAAGAGGAUAUCGCAUCGGUAGCAUGGUAUAAGGUCAGCAAGGAGUGCCUUUUGAAGAUCGUGAUGAAGAACGGUGAUAUAUAUAAGUACGAUGGUUUCCAGGACUCAAAUUAUGAGACUGUGAAAGCGUUCUUCAAGAAGCAUUAUGGCCUUGACUUGAAAAAGGAUAAGGUCUCCACCCGUGGUUGGUGCUGGGGUGAGAGUAGUUGGUCUGGUACGGAAUUGAAGUUGAAGAAUGGCAAUGAGAUGGCGUAUGAGAUUCAGGCCACUGAUAUCGCACAGGUGGUCCCAACUGGUAAGAAUGAGGUAGCCUUGGAGUUCCAUGUGGAUGACACUAGAGAUGCUGAUGAUGAGAGUCUUGUCGAGAUGAGGUUCUUCAUACCCAAUGAGGAGUAUGCGGCGAAGUUGAAGGAUGAGCUCAUCCAGAAGUCAGGCGCUGCUAGUGGUGGCGGCACUACCGUCUGCCAGUUCCUCAACAUACCUAUUGUCCUACCCAGAGGCCAUUACGAUUUGGAUAUGUUCCGCUCAUCCUUCAAGCUGAGGGGCAAGUCCUUUGACUAUACCAUCAAGUACAUGAACGUCUCUAGAAUGUUCAUGUUACCCAAACCUGACAGCGUUCAUAUAUCCUUCGUCCUCGGUCUGGACCAGCCGGUACGGCAAGGCAACACGGCUUAUAGCUUCUUGGUUAUGCAGUAUGAUAAGGAGAGGGAGGUGGAGGACUUGGCGAUCAAUUUGGAUGACGAGGAAUUGGAGAAAUGCAAACUCCAGAAGGUUGUUAACGGGGAGAAGUUGUAUGCUGUGAUGGGACAGUUGUUCAAGCAUAUGACCGGUAAGAAUGUGGUCACGCCCUGUCAGGACUUCAAGGCUUCCAAUGGAUAUAACUGCGUGAGAUGCUCUCAUAAAGCGAACGAUGGAUUCUUAUACCCACUCAAGAAGAGCUUCUUGUUUGUCAACAAGCCCGUUAUGUGGAUACGAUACGACGACGUCCUGGCUGUUGAGUUCUCUCGGGCCGAUUCUGGAUUUACCCAAACCCGUUAUUUUGACCUUAAGGUCUAUCGUAAGGGCGAAGGGCAGCCUCAUGACUUCCAGCAGAUGGACAGGUCUGAGUAUAACGGCCUUAUUGAGUUCAUCCAGAAGGCUGGUAUAAGGAUACGCAAUCUGGAGGGCUCUGGUCUGGGCCUUGGGGGCAAGAGGUCACGAGAGGACGGCUCCUCCCCGGAUGGCUCACCUGACCUCGGUGAUGAUCUCCCGUCUGAGGAUGAGAGCGAUGAUGAAGACUAUGAGGACGAUGCUGGUGGAGCGGCCGACAGCAGUAGUGAUGACGAUGACGAGGAAGAGGAGGAGGAGGAUGCGGGAAACGAUGGAGAGAAGAAGCACAAGCAUAAGCAUCACCAUCAUCAUCAUUCCCAUAAGAAAGAAAAGAAGCGCAAGUCCUGAGGACUACACCAUAGACUGAGGAAACUGUUAUUAUCAUCAUUGCACGUCAUCAAUCUUCGCCUAUAGGCUUC